UAGGAUGAAUAGCGUCCAGGAAGCUUUAGGUAAUCUCGCGUGUAGUAGAAGUCUCACCGCGUAUGUUUAUGAAAUAGAUGGUAGAGGGUGGUGUUCCCACGUCAUAUCCGCAUGGACGUAGCAAUAUCCCGUACUCAACAGACAUCCAUCCAACCUAAGUAGUUGCACGCGACGUUGAUCAUGUCCAGACUCCCCAUCAAGGUUCAAGUUGGCAUUCGUGACUCUUGGGACAACCAAGAUGCACCCGUACAGAAAGCCAUUAGGAAUCUAAAGGUGGUGGUCGGCGUAAGGGUCUCCGUUGACCCAGAGUGGCCUCUUCUCGUCUCAGAUCUGGGCUCUUUCUAUCCCGAUAAGACGAUUCUGGUGGUGUCAGUAGCCGCCGCUGUAGAAGCAUGUUGCACGGCUCUAACCACGCUUGCCGACAAUGAGGCCAACGAGCAGUGGGCAGACAAAUUCUUAGAGCGCGCAGAUGGGCAUGUUCGUGUCUUUCUCGAGACGUCCAAAAGCCGAGAAAUAAAUAUCGUCUGGUCUGAUCGACAAAAGGGCCUCGUGGUAUCUUUUCCUAAAGGCGCGAUUCCGUCACCGUCUUAUAUGCUCUCGUUCUUUACGGGAUGCCUGCGCAAGGUGUUCGAAGAGAAUGCAAAGGCUGGCACAUCGCCAAGCAUCGAGCCCACGGCAGCAGACGACUGGGCAGAUAUGACAGUUGACAACAAAACUGGCACUGCUGCCGUACUAGAAUCACUUCAACCGCCUGCUAGCACGCAGCAUCAGAGCCCCGCGAUUGAGGUGGUACCCGAAGUCGACAUCAUACCUCGUCCCGAGGAACUACUUCUCAAGCCACCUUACCAUCUCACCGUUCGCGACUUGAACUCAUCGUGCAUCGAAGUUCAAUGCAGUCAUAGUCCAACAUUGCAGUUUCUAUCAGACUACUUGAAGAAAUGGGCUAGGACGAACUACAACCUCACAAACAGGCCGCCGCUGGCCGAAAUUAAGCUACACCAAUCUGCAUUUGGCCUUGGCAUUGUAUACGACCGUCUGACUGUUACCGUAGAGUCGCGACACACAACGCAGCAGAUCUCGCCAACCCUUCUUCUCGCCAUGGUCGAGGGUGUACUAGGUUACAAGAGCAUGUCAAGCGAAGGCCGCUUCUGGACCUUCAGGAAAGACAUAGAAUUCAAGAGCAGCCGUUACUAGACCUAGACCUGAAGGAAGGCUUUUGAAAACACCUCGAGUUACGAGUUGUGUAUGCCGACGCAGUUAUGAAUACGAGUGUCAUAGCAUUACUUCUAUCCAGCAAGCAGUCAACAAGUUCGAUCAAGGAUGCAGUCACGCUCCAAGUGGACAUACGCAAUGAACGAUAUCAGAGUAGGAUAUACAUAUAUUGAACAAGAAAUGUUAAUACCAAUUAACCCAACGCCUAUACAAAUCUCUCUCUCUCUCUCUCUCUCUCUCUCUCUCUCUCUCUCUCUCUCUCUCUCUCUCUCUC